AUGGCGGAGUACCUCGGUGUCGAAGGUAUUCUGCAACCCAGGAAUGUGGGCUUGAAGCUUGGUUGAGGCAAGAAUUCGAGUAAUUCGUCGAAGCUUAUCGCGGAAUAAAAUAUGUGUAAAAGUCAAAAUGCUUGUGUAGUUGCAAGUUUGUCUAUGUGUAUGGGAUGGUAAAUCUGUUCUGUAGAAAGCCAGAAAUAGCUGUCUACAACCCAUUCCCGCCCACUUCCUAGGCCAAAAGUCGGAAAUGAAUCUCAGCAGUCUUAAAGUUCGAUACUUUUCACCUCUACCAGGAAGGUUAUGUGAGUUCACGCGUUGAACAAAUGGUGUCGUAAAGGCACUCGUUCAACCACGACAUCAAAUACAAACUUGUUUCUACUUCCCCCACCGCCUACUUCACACUGUGCCCUCUACAAAAGGCAACGCAUGACAACAUGCAUAUUUAAAUUUCAAUGGAAAGCACGAAGAUGGCUAUUCAUUUGGUGACUUUUUCAAACCUAAAACCGUCUGCAGGGUAAAUACGCUGCUUUAUAAAUUAAGACAAAAGUAUCCUGUUAAAAGCGAGGGUUUUUUUUUCGAAAAAGAGCCUUAGUAUUUGUGGUACCAGUCAACCUGAUAUAGAAAACGUUCCUGAUCGAUUCUGAAUUGGCAAAUGCUUUUUGCUGGUCUCAAAGCUCCAUUUACACAGUAGUAAUAGAGCAUUAUAAAUUGGCCGACCAAUUUCUGGAUUUGAAUUUCUCGACAUUGACGGUCCACACGCAUCUAAUGUGGUCCUGGGCGGCAAAACUUUAACUUUGAGGAAGUUAGCCACGCAUGUACGUAAACUGCAGGCAAAAUACGCCACACAAAAGUCUCUAUAUGUCUUUGGGGUAGUUCGUCGUUCCAUUUUUAAUUACAACUGUAGACUAGGUUCGAUUUAGGGACUUACGACCGCUUAGGGGAUUGAGCGCGGUGUCCCAUUACAGUCGUCUGCGUCCAUCAGCGGCAGCAAUAAUUUCACCGGUAAUGACGGCUCAUUUCUUUCUUAUGACAUUUUGUGUACAGUGUGAGCUUCUACGAAGCGCUAAGUCAACUUCCCACCACAGACGUAGUCUCGGAUAUUGCAUAAGUUAACACCUUCAUCCUUGAGUCGAACCGGUAUCGCAUGAGGUUCCUCCAAGUGGCUGAUCAGUAGAAAAAGGCCCGAGUGAAUGAGGCUACGGUCGAGGCCACCCUGCUCUACAGCUGCAAACGUUGACCCAUACGUUCUCUUGGUAUGAAGAAAGCAGAGGCGCUUGGCAAGCAGUACCUCAACCGAAUAUUACGGUUUCAGUUCAUGAACUAGCCCUUGAAAGUUGAUCGAGGACAAAUGCUGUUAAUUUUGAAGUACAAGGCUGCCAUCUCCGUUGAAUAGGUCACGCGCUUCGCCGAAAGGAUGGGAAGUUGCCCCCGAAGGCAUCUUUUUGAAUGCUCGUUCCUGUUGGUGCCGCCGCCGCCACCGCCGUGGUGGUGGUGGUGGUGGUGGUGGUGGUGGUGGUGGUGGUGGUGGUGGUGGUGGUGGUGGUAAUCAACCAAAAUACGAAGAGAUGUGUGAACUUAAGGAUCUUCGCUCACAAAGACAGGGGUAGCAGAAUGGUCACUUCUGGCAGAGUGGUGCCGAGGUUUGAACUUCGGUCAGUUUGUCAGGCAGCACCGUUCUAACCACCGCACAGUGCUCAUAUCAGCUCUGCAGCGGAUGCUGGGCCGGACAGUCCAGGAAAAUGGGAUGUCAACUAAAACCAAUUUCCGAGAGUCUAAUAGACCAUCUUGGAACCUCAGACGGACAACUGCGCGAGACCGCGGAGCCCAGAAGCGACCAAAUCAAAUUAGGGGUAGUUGAUACAUGUACAAUUGUGUAACGUUGAUACGGUAUUGCAUUUUUGAACUUACCCACGAAUACAUCAUGUUUUGUGUAUCUGUUGUGAAUUGAAUGAACACUUUGAAUGUUCAUUUGUAACAACCAGCGAAAUUUUAGCAAGGCUGAUUUAUACCUACAUGUUCUCUGCUAAAUGUCGAAUGAACACUAAGGUAGUGAUAACAAAAACGUCAAAACGACUGUCAUUUUGGGAAAAACAUAACCGCUCAUCAUGAUUUGUAACAUGAAGAAUAGAAAGUCAGUAGUGGGUAAGAGGACCGAUAGACACAUCUUAACGAUUGGGAACGGAGAAUAAUGACUCUCCAAUCGGCAAUAGCCACGGAUCCAGGUCCAGUUGGUGCUGUCAUACACAGUGAACUCCCAAUCGGCAUCCGACCAAUCAGCGUUAAGCCGGCUGCCGUCUGUCCACUCGGUCGCCUCCGGCUCAGAGCCGGACAGCGAACAAGUGACCUAUAUAACAACUUACUGUAGGAAUAUGCCGCCUGAUAAUGCUCCGUCGUACUAGCUUUUGGAGAUCAACUCCACCGAUCCCAGAUUCCCCCGGUUCGAUGGGUGCGGCUGUCAACAUGGUCAUCCUUAUCGGCCUAGUUCUAGCCUGCAGUCUGCAAGUCGUAUUUACGACUAGCAGAAUUUCUCAUGCUGUACUUCAAAAUGUUGAAGAUGUCUUAAGAGCGAAAAGGACUGCAUUCGCACUGUCUGAUGCUCAAAAAGAGUCCAGCCACAGUCCUGUCGCGCGGAUGUCAUCAGAAGGUUCUCCCGACCAGUUUCACCAAGAUCCCUGGAGAGCUGGUAAUUUUUGCUUAUUUAAAAGAGCCCGAAAAAGCCAUUGCAAUUUUAUUUACUCCAUUCCGUCGGACUUCCUUUUAGCUGUCCCGUUUAUUCAGCUAGCCUCUUGUUUGUCAUGACGAGACUGAUUAAGGGAAUUUUCGUUGCCCGUGAAAGCAUGUUUUCUGAGGAAAUAUGUCUCAAAGCACUUUAAUGCAUUUGACAAUCUUUAAUAAGUUCGAGUUUACAUAUUUAGCUAGAUGAAAAGUGCCAGCAUUAAAGUUAGGCGCUUUGACCCCUAUAUCUGCCUCAUAUCCAGGCGUGUUUAUCAUUUAUCCACAUAGUCCUUGGCGGUGAUUAAGUUCAUUUUAUUGAUAACCGACCCAUCUCGACUAUACACUAGACCUCUAAAAACUAGAAAACGCGAGUCGCCAGACAAACAUAGAGCGAUAGGGUCAGAGAAACCGUGAGUAUGUCAUCCUGGGUCUUCGAACGAUGUCGUUGCAUCACGGUUCACAGCUUCUCGCGAUAUCCAGUAUCGAUAUCAACAGUGAUCAGUCUCAUCAUAGUGAUUUUAUUAUGAGUUCUUGGUGAUUAAUUAACCACUCUCACGCAUAAUUGGAUGACGCUUGUACAAAACUGUUGGCCCCACUAGGAAGCCUACCAAAUUAACCGAAGUACAUAAGAGUCAAGAUCGGACUGAUUCGAACGACCUAACUGCGCGCAUGGUUUAUCUAGGCCAUCUGAAUGGGCAUGUGUUCAUCAGGACAUCCUGUUGUCUGUGCAAAGUAAAGGCUGAUUUCUCAACCGUGAUUUCCUAAAUUCUGAUUUGGGACAAGUACACACACACCUGGACGGAACGGUGACCUAAUCAACGAAUUAAAUUAGCUGUAUACAGUAAAGUCCAGUUAAUUGGGCCGCUGGUCAGUUGAACUGGCCGUUUAUUCAGCCGAAUCCUGGAGACCAGAUCUGAAUGGAAUGAGUAACGGUAAGCGUUCCCUGCAACAGACAAGUUCGAGCUGAAAGCGUUAGUUGUUCGCCUUUGAGCUGAAGACAACACAUUGCAUACACGUUCCAGGAAAGGGUUAACAGACAAAAACCCCAAGGACGUUUAACCACUAAGAAUGAUGCUUCCCUAUCAAACUCGGCCUGAAUGACCCCAUACCGGCCUCGACUUCUUUGAUCGCAGCUUAUCGGGCAAUCUUAGAAAACGACACGAUGGAUUUUACCAUCUUUCAAAGUGUAUGCUUGAAAUGCACGUUUGUAACACAAUAAAAGUAAUGUCGACCCCAAGAGCGUACACAGUCAAUGAAUUCAGAAGAUAGGUAACUUCGCCCGUUCGAAUACGUUUUCACUUUCAUUGGCUGCAUGGGGAUUUUUAGCCUUGCUGCUGUAAACAGGCUUUGUUGGCGGGUGCCUUAAUUUCAACUUCGGGUGUCUCUCCUGCUUGCAAUUGAUGGUAAUUUUAACCACUUGACGUCUGGAAAACAAUCGUCUUCCUGAUGAGUGCCUUGAACAUGCUCUCUCUAACUGCGAUCGGCAAUAAGGCUCCUACAUCCAGAGGAAUGUGCUCUCUACUCAGUUGAACACUAGCUAUACCCGUGAUUGGAUGUUUUGUCGUAGUGGAUGAGUGACUCUUGACAACGGGACAAGCACUCCGGAAAAUUCGUCAGCAUUCAUUCAGUGGUCAGUGCAGACCGUGGUCCCAGAACAGACCUCGAAACGUUUCCCCUAUCUUAUCUUCUUAUCCUGGCCAGUAUCUGCUUCCUAAUGCCAUUUUACCGAUGCUUCACAAGAGUAUCUGACGAUCCGUUGCGCUCGCCUUGUUUUCAGGAUAUAUGAACAACUUGAGUGAAAUGAAGUACUUAGUGGUGCUUCAGUUAAAUCUCUACCCCUAUUUUCUGGGUUUGUUGCGGAUGUUUUAAACACAGCAUCGUGUUUUCUGCUGAAAUUCUAUCCGAAAGUAUCCCUAAAACUGCUUGCAGUAAUGGUCCGCGUACUUCAUUAGUGACAUUGGGGUUCUAAAGAAGUCCAAUGCGAAGUGACUGUUUUCGUUCCUUUGCCCCUAAACGUGAUCGGAAAGGCAAACUAUUCCGCCAUGCCUUGGAGGAGGUUAUGUGCACGUUUUAUCGAAACUUACAAGAUAUUUACUUGAACGGAGCAUGUGAGCGCUGAAUCACUGUUUAGCAUAACCUACUCUACUUCGCAGCAAACACUUGGACAGGCUACUUUGACCGCGUGUGAGCUAGCAAGCUAAUCAGGUGACAUGCAUGCGGAGUCAGGAGUCAAUGCAAUGCGACGGACAAGGAGAUAGCCGCUGCCUUAACGCGUGCAGUAUUCACGAAAAGACUCGACUGCACGGAGGUCUGUAACCCUGCAUCCGUAAACAGGUAGCGUUGGCGAGUGUAUUAAUCGUUAGUACUACCCCUCCCUCAGCUCCCGAUGGAUAGUUUGAAUUAUUUUUAAACAGUCGUCUCCCUGAUAAUUAUUCUGAGGGCGCGAAUGCCUCCUAAACCCCUAAGGCUGUGCUCCCUACAAAAGGAAGUGCUAAAGUGUUGCGACAAAAGUGUCUCCCAAUUAUUCAGAGACACUGGUAUACUUAGAAUCACGUCAGAAUGAUCUUUUUAAUAGAAGACUUAUCUACCGGACUUAUAAGCGGUGCUUGAAGUUCGACAAAAACACAACAGAUUCAUUCUCGAAUUCCCGUACGUUGCUCAAUACAAAAGUGCUUUUCUUCGCUUAAUGCCAUCUUGAGUCAUGUAAUGAAGAGCUUGGAUUGGGUAGGCCUUUGCCCCACCAAAUCGAUCCUGGGUAGGCUGUGCUGCGUACUUUUCCGUGAACUGGACUGCGCUUUCAGUCGACGGAGGUGGGAAACGAGCGUCCUGGGUCGACUAACCUUCAUCAAAAGCGUGAGAAACAUACUAUGAGGAGGUAAAAGUAAUUUGAAUCUAUAACGGCGAACCAUCAAUCGCGACUUCAGGAAAUGUCAACUGAUGGCAUCGGUCGGUCUCACUCAAGACAAAAUGCCAAACUGUAUUGGCUAAUUAGUCACGAGACGUCUAUGAUAAACUAACGGAUGUGUUAAAAACGUCGCCUAAAUCAAGCCAGUUAAGCAAGGAUUCGGCAAAUAGUUCCCGAUUUCUACCGUCGUCCUGUAAUAGGCGCGGGCCAAAAGUGCGAAGACCAAGUUCGACGCAGAACAAAUCACAUAUACUAAUACACCUGGGUUAGAAAAUCUACCACUGCGAAACGAGAGCGCGUCAUAAAAUGUGACGCCGUAAAACAUUUCAAAUAUAUCGACUAAAAUAGAGUCGGAAAAAAAAACGCAAAGAAAAUUAAAAGAAAGAAAAAUAUUAAAACAAAAAAAGACAAAGGGCGCAGGAUAUAGCAUAAAAAAUAAAAAGGAAGACCAACAAAUAAAAAAAUGAAACGGCAAAAUAAGAUAAAAAAGACAAUAAAAAGAACAAAUAUAACAAACAUAAUUUUGCUAAAAACAGAAAAAGAACGGAGAGACGACAAACCAAACAAAGAUUUCGUAGACCAGGACGAGGAUGUCGUGGUGGAUGAGACCGGCAGACACGCGGUGCCCGGAAUGAUCAACGAUUCCGAAGACGAGGACGAGGAUGUCGUGGUGGAUGAGACCGGCAGACACGCGGUGCCCGGAAUGAUCAACGAUUCCGAAGACGAGGACGAGGAUGUCGUGGUGGAUGAGACCGGCAGACACGCGGUGCCCGGAAUGAUCAACGAUUCCGUAUACGAUGUCGAGGAUUUUAUUUUGUCUUAA